UCAAAAAAAGCAAGGGUCAACGUAUACCCGCCAUUAAAAACAGACACUGAAAGUGAAGGCUUCUAUUCAAUCAAUUAAUUAAUGUUCCCACAUUAAUCCCUUUCGCAAGGAACCCUAAAUUCCCAAUUGAAAGCACUAGUGGUUUCAAUUUUCAGAUUCGAUCGACUACGAAGUCAAUCAUAAAGACUUGGUUAUAGUUUAAAUCGGUCAAUAAUGGCGGCAGUUGCUGGUUUCUACAGAAGGGUGCUUCCUUCGCCACCUGCAAUUGAAUUUGCGUCUUCCGAAGGCAAACAGAAACUCUUCUCUGAAGCUCUCCUGGACGGUAACAUGGAAGGAUUUUUUAAUUUGGUGUCAUAUUACCAGACUCAAUCGGAGCCUGCUUACUGUGGACUUGCCACUCUUGCAGUGGUCUUAAAUGCCCUUGCAAUUGACCCUGGAAGAAAGUGGAAAGGUCCAUGGAGAUGGUUUGAUGAUACCAUGUUGGAUUGUUGUGAGCCUAUUGGGAAGGUUAAGGUAAAAGGUAUCUCAUUCAAUAAAGUUGCAUGUUUAGCUCAUUGUAAUGGAGCAGAAGUUGAAGCAUUUCAUGCAAAUGAAUGCAACGUGGAAAACUUUCGAAAUUAUGUAAUGUCAUGUACCUCUUCUCAAAAUUGUCACCUGAUCGUCUCAUACCACAGAGGAUAUCUGAAGCAGACAGGAAGUGGUCACUUUUCUCCAAUUGGUGGUUACCAUGCUGGAAAGGAUAUGGUUCUUAUAUUGGAUGUUGCUCGAUUCAAGUACCCUCCUCACUGGGUACCCCUCACACUUCUAUGGGAUGCUAUGAACACAGUUGAUGAUGAUACUGGCCUCUACAGAGGGUUCAUGCUCCUUUCAAAGCGUGAGAGGGCAUCGUCAAUUCUUUAUACUCUGAGUUGUCGUGAUGAUGGUUGGGAUACUACUGCGAAGUACUUGAGUAGAGAGAUUCCCCAACUUCUUUCCUCCGAAGAAAUUAAUAACAUUCAAAAUAUGCUCUCAGUUAUUUUCACAUCUGCUCCUGCCAAUUUGUGUAAUUUCAUUAAAUGGGUUGCUGAAGUUCGGAAACAGGACGGCACAAAAUCUGUCAGUGAUGAGGAGCUUGGAAGACUCAUCAUCAAGGAAGAAGUUUUGAAGCAAGUGCGAGAGACUGAACUCUCCAAAUGCAUAAUCAGAUGGCUUUCGUCUGGAUCAUCAUGCAUGCAUAUUUCGGGAGAUCGUGAUUCUUUUGACAGCACCGUUUCUGAAGUGUGCUGUCAAGGAGCUCAAGUUUUGUGUGGCAAAGUUGGCUCUAGCAUUGCAAAUAGCUCUGAAACAACACAGCUGAGGCCCUCAGAGUGUGGUCAUAUUGAGCCAGUCACCGUCAUUUCUGGCAAAGUACCCAUAGACAACAUUGAGUGUGGAAUAGAAAUACUAGUCCCGUGUUGUCAAACAGAGUCUUUUGGCCCAUGCGAGUGUAGUUUGAAUACCUCUAAUAGGGAACAUCCAUCAACAGUUGAUGUUCUAACAGUAUUAAUACUGGCCCUCCCUUCUGAUACAUGGGUUCAUCUCAAAGAUGCGAAACUGCGAGAAGAUUUUUGUGAUUUAGUAUCCACCAACAAUCUCCCCGACUUACUCCAACAAGAGGUUUUGCAUUUGCGAAAACAACUGCAUUUCCUUGUGGCUGACAUCUGCUCGUCAUCAUCAUGAAUGGAGUCUUUUGAAGUUAUUCAAAUCUUUGAAUAUAUUAUAAUCGAAGGUAUUAACACAUUACAUCACCGUAAUUGAAAAACCACAGCAUUCAUGAAAUUUCAGUUAUUAGUUUUCGACUUUUCGGAGAGUUGACAGGUCCAUAAACGCAUGAGAAACGGCCUUGUGCCCCUGACUUUUGUGUAUUGUAUCGAGUUCGUUCAUACUUAUGUCAAGAGUUAGCACAAGCUUGCUAGCCAAUAGAACUAAUAAUAAUAAAGCGAACGAACUCGAUAAAUUUGUCAUUGGACUUGUUAUUUUUUAACAUGAGGCUCCUGAUGAUUCGGUGCACGUCUGAUAAUGGCUCUAAGUCGACAGAGGAAAGCAGCACCAUUUCCAUAUGUAGUUCUAUUACUUAGAAGUAUUUCUUGGAGUUUCCACACACGAAAUAACUUUCACACAAUCACACUCAUAACCCAUAUAAAAAAGAAACUUUCAUUUACAAUUUCAAGGCUUAAAUGAAGGCUGAUUUGGAUUCUUGUUUAUCUUUUUCUUCAUCUAUGUUAAUUAAAUUAUAUGCUUUCUUUUGCUGCA